CGCACGGUGAAGACGCACGGACGCGUGAGACGAGCACAUAAAUUGUUCCCUCACUAUAUAAUACACCGGCGCUUUCCUCACCUAUCAGAUUCGGUCGGAUUUUGCUACACGAAACCCCUUGGACGUAUCACACGCUGUGCAUGCGCGGAUAUACGAGCAGGCAUGUUGCUGUGGUGACUGCGUUACGUGAUUCAUGAUAUUUGAGAAUAACCCGGUAUAUGUGAGACGUCAAUGGAGCUCGAUAUUAUGGCAGCCAGCGUGACGCCAUUGGAGCAGCCGUUCAAAAUUUCUGACUGAUACUGAUGUGAUAUAUCUCACUAUCGUUACGGAACCAUGAUGGCAUCGCGACGUCCAGCUAGUGUGUUGGACGCGUGGGUCGAAGAGACCCCUGGUCAUGGUACGAAGACUGAGCUCACAACUAACCGUCGUGUCUGGUGCGACAUGGGGACGCAAGCGGGCAGAUACACGGCAACGAGCAUGCUUAUUAUGCUAACGAUCAUCCCGCUCGCCGUACUGAUCAUGCAGAAUGCUUUCAUCCUCCCGAUCAUUAACGAUGCCAUGCAACACACAGAGCUCCUACAUCAGCGUAUCAUGUCCACGUUCAAUCUCAAAGACAUCAUACACACGAUACAGGUGGAGCGCGGCACUGCUGUUCUCGCUCUCAUUUCGGAUGACACAAAGCUGAAGCGUAUGCUAAGAGCGAGCUACAUAGACACGACCGAUGCUAUUGCUGCUUACGGGGAGCGAGACUGGCCUACUAUAGCCGAACACCUGGGCCCUGAGUUCCGAAGCAGCCAGUCGUUGACACGCUACCUGAUAAAGCAUCGGCGCGAAAUCGACUACAAUAGCGCCAUUGCUGCCAGCGAGACGAGGUUUUACACUGGCAUUAUUAAAGUUCUGAUUGACUGGAUAGGAGAGAUGGUACUUCAGUAUGAUGGCGAGAGCUUCGUGUGGCGAAACCUCAUGGCUUAUCACAUGCUAAUUAUUAGCAAGGAAUACACGGACGCUGAGCGGGCGCUUGGUACCACAUACUACUCAUUAGGCAAAUUUGAUAUCGAUAACCACAGCGCCUUUUUGAGCGCAAGCGUCUACGGGAAACUAUACCUGGAUAGUGCGUCCCGGUUCAACGAAAACCUAAGGAAUCGUUUGAACAACAUUAUAAAUACAACGUCCGUGGUAACCAUUAAUGACCUUAAGGAAAAUCUUACGAUAAAUGUGUUCCAACCACCCAAUCUUGACGACGGACUUUUCUGGUUCAACAGUAUGACAGUGUUCAUCAACUUCUUAUCGGAACAGGAGACUCGUGUUGGUCAAGAGAUUCUUGAUCAACUUAAGUAUGAGGCGAUGUGGUUAAGUAACAAAAAGGAAUCCGUAGCGGAGCGCCUGGCUAAUGGCGAGCCAAUUAAUCCAGAGGGAUUCUCCUCCGCCACGAUAUUCUUCUCGGACAUAGUUGGCUUCACGAGCAUAUCGUCUGGCUGCACCCCCCUGGAAGUGGUUCGCUUGCUAAACAAUCUAUACAGCAUAAUGGAUGACGUCUGCGAGAAGCACGAUGCAUACAAAGUUGAAACGAUAGGAGACGCGUACAUGGUCGCCUCGGGCCUUCCGAAGCGAAAUGCCGAUCGACAUUUCACGGAGAUUGCCGAUCUGGCGCUGGAAAUGCGCGAUGCCGUCAGACGACUCAAGGUUCCUAAGAGCAACGCGAUGCUGAAACUCCGUAUCGGUGUCCAUUCCGGCCCAGUGGUUGCUGGCGUCGUAGGACAGAAGAUGCCUCGGUAUUGCCUCGUGGGAGAUACGGUCGCUAUCGCUGCACGCAUGGAGCAGACUGGAUUACCACUAAAAAUCCAUAUCAGUGAGCGAACAUAUAGGGCUCUCAAUAGAACAGGAUUCUAUGAGUUUGAUCACAGAGGCGAGGUGGACCUUAAGGACGGUGAGAGGAUACACACCUACUGGCUGCUAAGAAACGACUAAACGAAGCAAAGAUGAAUGACGAAAACAACAUUUAUUAGCAGCAAGAUCAAUUCCACAACCCAGCAUUCACCUAAUAUCUGUGCUAUUUUGCGGCUGCAUACAGACACAGAAGGCAAGCUACAUUGCAUGACUGGAAAAAAGCGUCAACUCAUUGCUUUAACACAUAAUUCACAUCAGUGCAGAUGUGUAAUGAUUUACAAGCCUGUAUUGGCUAUAGAAACGUUGCUACAAUUAUUUAAUGUCUGGUAAAAAAUAUUAUAAAACGGAUGUGGAAUGAAAAGGAACAUUGCAUAUCUUUAUUUGUGACAUCUAAUCAUCAUUUCUAUUUAAUAAUAAUAAUAUUAUUAUUAUUAUUAAUUAUAAUAAUGAAUUAUUUUCAGUAUUAUUAUUAUCCUAAUGGUUAAUUAAGUAUAACCUAUAGGGUUAAUUCCAAACGUCAUGUGGCAUUGUAUGGAUAUUUUACUUCAUUAAUUAAGAGACCCGAUGUUAGAAUACAGGCCGUUUCAAGCAGGACCAUCUUCUAGAUCACAUAGCUGCGUUGACGACCUCUGGGACCUUUGUGUUAAACAUCUCUAGGUUAUUCUAUACAAGCCCAAGUGCUACAAACACCAUUGGUAUUGUCUCAGUAUUCAUACUUUGCCUACUUCGAUUUCUCAGUCACGCAUAAUUAUUUUUCUAGUCAUUACUAAGUCAUUGUAUUUCGAAAGCUUUUAAUUCAGUAACUUGAGAGCUAUUUCGUUCUGAUAGCAAUCAUUUUUUUGCCAUUUAAGCCAUUCUCUACUUCAUUAAGUGAUAUGCGCCUCUUUAGAUUUAUUUUAUUUUAAUUGAUUUCGUAUUUCUUGAUAUUUUUCGUUUAAAGCCGGCUAGUUUUCGUUCCUGUUUCUGUUGUUGUCUAGAUCUUUUACCGAGUGUUUCUAUUAUUGCUGAGGUUAUUAUUUGUAUAAGUUGACUAACAUCAAUGGAGGUAGUAGUAGGAUAUAAAGAACAUUGGUGUUAUUGUGUGACAUGUUAUCAAUUUUGGCUGGCUUUAUUAUCGCAUUUAAUUACGCCCAUGAUAUGACGGUCUUUCCUGAUAUUAGGUAUAGGUGGUUUCUCAUAUACGGGUGUUUCCUUGAAGGCCUCCCAUUCAUGUUUAACGUUUUCUAUCAUCUCUGUGGUUUGACGGGUUUAAGGCUCGUCUUGCGAGUUUUCUUGUUUGCUUAUAAUUUCUUCUGUAUGAUCUAUAUCUGGGAGCUUGUAUUCAUAAGCCGCAUUUGUUUUUUUGGAAGGGCCUUAAUUUAGAAUGCCUAGAAUUAUUGUUUGUCUGCUUCUCUUCUCUCUCAUGAUGUAAAGUUAUAAAGCAGUAAGUCUGUCGUUCUUCACGAUAUCUCUCUUAAGCUUAGUUAGUUUGGUUGUGUCUAAAUUUUCCUGUCUGUACGUGUUUCUCACGCCAGAGUAUAUACAUGGAUUUCGUUGUAAGCGGGCUAAACAAGUUACACGCCUUGCCUAUGGGAGACCUGGAACGCUGCAGGGUAGGAACGUUCACUCCCCUAAGUCUCCUGGGUCAGCAUAUCCAAUUAUUAUUAUUAUUAUUAUUAUCAUUAUUAUUAUUAUUAUUAUAUGUAGUAGUUAUAAUGGUAGAAAUAGUAGUAGUGCGCGUAGUUGGGGAGAAGGGGAGGAAGAGCAGGAGGAGUUUCUGGGUUUAUGAAGAUCACACGAGCGUGUGCGCUCCGGCGAGUCUUUUCUGGGGGUACAAACAUAUUGGAUUGUUCAAUUGCCGUUUAAUUAUAAAGUUACUAAACCUAUAUUUUCCGACCUUUUCGGUGUUGUUAUCUGUAAUCUUUGUUUGGUGGAGUUUUAAUUGGAAAAUAUAAGAAUAAUAGGGUAUUAUAUUGUCUUUAAUUGUAAGACAUAGAACUAGUGUUACGUAAGAUUUUGGCAGUGUAAGAAAAUUUUCUAACUGCCGAAGGGACCUUCGCGAAAAAGACUACGAACUAUUGAUAUAGGCAAACGUUCGCUAGAUAGGUGAAACGUAAUGAAAUGUAUCGGUAUAUAAAUGUAUGUAUAAUAUAACGUAAUGUAAUAUGAUGUUAACGAGUACAAUUUAAUGCUGAAAGAAUUGGUAAAUAAAUAAUACUGUACAACCA